UUCUGAAAGCUGAGCCUUCAGAUAAUUAAGGAAUAGCUUAGACGUUUAUUUGGCAUUAAUAUUAAUGUAUAAGCAACUAUCAAUUAUUGUCUUUAAGAAAUAAAAUAGUAGUAUUUCAACAUUCCUUAAAUUUAAUUUUUUGUUACGUUCAUUUUCUUCGACUAUUAUCAUCGAAAAGUCAGAUAUAGUUAAUAGAAUAAUGGCUGCACGACUUUUAAAAGAUCCAGCUACUGCUGGAAGUAGAAUAUUUAUAGGUCAUCUACAAACAGAAGAUAUGAAUCGCAAUGAAUUGGAAGAGCAUUUUUCAAAGUACGGAACUAUAGUUGGUUCAUUAUUAAACAGAGGUUUUGGUUUUGUACAAUUUGAAGACGAACAGUCUGCACAAAAUGCCAUAAAAAAUGAAAAUGGUGCAAUGUUUAAAGGAAGAAGAAUAGAUGUAAAGCCAGCUAAAAAAGAAAAUUCAGGUAAUUCAAUGGGAGGAUUUGGAAACGAUUCUUUUAAUAAUAGUUAUGGUAAUCAGAAUUUUAAUAAUUCCAACUCACCAUUUGGUAAUGAUAAUCAAUUUAGCAGAGGAGGAAAUAGUGGAAAUAAUUGUUUUAACGAUCAAGAAGAUAUAUUUUGCAGUAGAAAUAAUAAUGAUUCGUUCAAUUCAAAUAAAGGAAAUGGCCCACCAUUUGGUGGGAAUCGAUCGGGUGGAGGAUCUGGAAAUUCUAACAUGAAUAGAAAUCAAAACAAUAAUCAGUGUGGUUCGAAUCAGGGUGGCUCAAAUCAAAUGGGUGGACCUGGAAAUCGGAAUAGAGGAUCUAGAGGUGGUAAAAAUCGAAAAAGAGAUAGCUCUAUAGGUGAUCGAAUGGGUGGGGGCAUGGACGAUCGGAUGGGAGAUCACUGUUAUGGAGAUCGUAUGGGCGGAGGUAUGGGAGAUCGCAUGGGAGGACGUAUGGGAGACCGUAUGGUAGGGGAUUCUAUGGGAGAUAAUCAUGGUUCAAAUUUUCGUUCGGGUAUGAGCGGGCCUAUGGGAGGAGGUGGUAUGGGAAAUAAUUUAGGAAAUAAUUUAGGUGGUAACAUGGGAGGUGGAUUAGGUGGUAAUAUGAGUGGUGGUCAUGGUAACAGUUUAGGUGGAGGUAUAGGGAAUAAUUAUCGUGAUAGAAGUCCAAUAAGUAGAUCGGGACGUUUAGAUGAUAAGCCUUUGUCAAAUUGGGAACUGAAUAAAUCAAGUGGGCGCGGAUCAUUUGGAGGAUUUAGUGAUCACAAAAGCCGCUUCGACCAAUCCGUUCGAGAUUCUGGUUCUGGCUUUGGAGCACCUUCAUCUUCGUCAAAUGACUAUUCUUCUAUUGCGACAGAGAAGAAUGAUUGUGAAAUUAUCGUUGUCAACAAAGCUUUAACGGAAUAUGCUGAAAUUAUUGAGUCACGUUUGAAAAAAUUAGGAUUAACGGUUGAUUUGCUCUUCCCAAACGAAGAAGUUCCUUUAUCACGAGUUCUUGGCAAUAUUGCAAGUCGUGGGUGUCUGUAUGCGAUUGUUAUUGCACCAACAAAUAAAGAACAUCAUUCUUUGACGUUAAAUAUCUUACACGGCCUACCACAAGAGCACAGAAAUAUGCCGGUUGAUGAUGCUAUAAGUUUAAUUAUGCGAGACUUCAAUAACUACAAAUCCGGCGGUCGAUCCGUGCCAGUCAAUGUUUCUUUGGCCCCUGAACGUCAUCCAGAUGCUAUUCAAGUUCUUUUGAAUAUGCUAGCGGAUAAUCUUCAAUUAACUGUGCUUCAAUAUGAAAGGGUCAUUAAGUAUCUGGAAAUGAGGCGAGAAGAACAAGUGCAAUUUGAAUUAGGCGAAGAUGCGAAAAAUUUGGGACCUACGUCCUUAGUGAGUGAUCCGAAGCAAGCGGAACUGCAAUCGAGAAUACUUAAUAUAUUGAAUAGUAAUAAAAGCAGUUCGUCCGCCACACCAACGACGACUGUAACGACAGCGGCACCAAGUCCCGUCCCUCCGCCAUCAGUUUCGGCGAACGUGUCUGGUAACUCAUCGGUUACGACAUCAAGCGCAGUUACACCAUCGCCAUUAUUGAACGAUCCCACGGUUCAGAAGGCUCUCGAUAGUCUAUUGCAGGGCAAUUUAUUGAAAAACAUUGGAGAUCAACCGAUUCCAACAACAUCGGCAGCUCCGCUGUUCGCUGCUUUUCCUAAUAUAAAUCGUUUCUAAUAAAUUCUCUCACCUGUGUAUUAUUCUUCGUAUAUUUGUAAUGAUGUUCAUUACUUGUUUGACUUACGAGUACAUAUUUACCAAAUAGCUAUGAUAGCUGUGACAAUUACCUAACUCUUUUAAUAAACGUCACUGUACCUCUAAACAAGCUUGAGUUUUUCUUUUAAAAUCAAAGGAUAUUAAAUGAUGGUCAUUGAUAUAUUUGACAGCUACGAUAUUAUUCGAGCAUAAGCAAUAAGAUAAUUGUAUGCCCUGUAUAAUAUUAAUUAACCCUUUUAAAAAAUAAUAAAAAUUUUGUAUUUUGAUAAAUAUUCACAAAAGAGUUGGAACUGCCAACUAAUUGCCAUUCAAUUACAAGUAAGUAUUAUUUACUUUUUAUAGAUUUUUGUUCAUUCCUUUGCGCAUCGGUAUCUGUUGUAUCGCGUACAAUUAAAUUUA